ACUACUUGCUGUACGUUACGGUGGAAAUCCUGCGCGCAAAAGUAUACUUCCAAAUUGUGCUGCAUUUUUAUUAGGGCCUGUGCAAAGCAUCUCAAAAUGAUAUUUAGAUAACAAAAUUACGAAAUAUUUAAAUUCAUAAACAUGUCAUCAAUUAGCAAAAAUAAGAAAAAGACUGUAGUGAGAAAUAAAAAAUGUGGACUUCAACAAAAAUGUGAAACUUGAAGUGCGCUAAAAAUCAAGAGACACCGUGUACCGUGGCGAAUGUAGAACUUUUAUAAGUACCGAAAAAGAGAAGUAGCAAACAAGCAAAUCGAAAGUUGAGUGGUGCAGAGAAGCGGCGCAAGUGAAAUAGAUAUUGAAAAUAAAUCUGAAAUUAUAGGAAAAUAAAAAACCCAAAUAAAAAAUAAACAAAAAAUAUCUACAAAUAAUAUGAGAAAAGUGUAAAAUUGUGCAGUUGAAUAAAACAUAACUGCCACUAAAAAACACAUAUUAGGACUCAAAAUUAGCAGCUCGGUCGAACGAGUUCACAGGCAAAUAACUGAAGAUGAAAUUAACCUGAAAGCACUGCACGCACACGCAACACCUGCAAUUAUAAUAAAACUAAGCGACACCGUUAAGGCGUGGAGUAGCCAAGAAAUUUCAGUCCAACAAUGCGCAACAACAUACAGAAAAGUCUGCGAAAAGAGUAAUUAAAUGGAAAUGAAGCAGGAAAAGUAAACUGGAACUGUGAACCGAGGUAUUUGAUAAAAAUCUGUAGCAAAUGCGAAAAGGUGGUCAAACAGAAAGCCAAAAACAAAAACAAAAAUAAAACAACUGCAGUCUUUACGCAAAAUUGUCGUUGGCGCUUGCGUAUACGCAACAACAAACGAAUUGUGCGGCGCUAGCCAGCGGGCUGCUAAUGUCAAGCCACGCCAGCAAACUUGUGUAACACAAACAACAAUUAAAAUUCGAAGGCAAAGCCUGACUGCGUGUAGUUGCGUUUGUGCUUGUUGCUGUUGUGUUAUUAAUUUUAUUGCUGUACCCUAAAAACGUUUUGACUUAGCACGCACUCAUUCCGCUGACUGCGCGCAGCGAAGACAAUUGGCAGUCGCACGUCUGUGGUGGUCGGAAGACUUGCACACGCGAGUUGUGACUGAAAGCAAAACGAGCGUUUAGUUUUGUUUCAGUUUCAGACAACUUUUUCUUUUAUAUUAUUUUUAUAUUAUUUCGUUCUUCUGUAAUCUUUUCAUGCGACGCGUGGUUAGAAGCGUAAAGCAUAACGCACGCCGGCAAAGCACGAAUAACAGUAGAUAAAAAACACAUAGAACAAUAUGCCAAUAAGCACGCACUUAGUAACGAAAAUAAUACCGUAACAAAAUAAAAAAUAAUAAGUUACAGUGGAAGAAAUAGUUGUGGAUAUAUGCGACGAAGGACGCGCUCCAAGAAGCAGCGAAUGCAUGUGUGUGACAUAUUUGUAGCUAGCUAGUCAAAUAGUUGAACUGUAGCGUUAGAACCUGAACCUUUAGGGAGGACACCAACGCUUGCAGUGACAAACGGAAAGCAAGAUAAUAUUUUACCGAGCACUAUUUGCUAGCGAGUACCAAGCGAAGCAAUCAGUUAUCCUGCCAUUAAAAUAAAGCACGUGCAACAAACAUAACAACAGCGGAAGAAGAAGCACCAAUAUUACUGCUAAUACAACGGCCGCAGAUUGGCAAAUAUUUCCUAUUUUUGCUGUGUCGCAAUCACAAAUAGGCAAGCGUUAUAGCGUUGGCAAAAUACUUUUCCUUUAGUAUGCAAUAUCUUGACGCUGACGACAGUAUCGUGAGGGUCUUGCGGCAUAAUAGAAAAGUAAUAUAAUACGAUCGUAUCCCCACAGAAAUGAACAGAUAAAAUUGUGCUAAAUAUUCAUAAGCACAGCAGAGCGAGUGCAUAAAGCAGACAGCGUCAGGGCGCCAAAAGGAAAGCGAUAAAAAUAGUAAACGGAAGCUGCCAGCGUCACUGCAGCAAAAUAGACCAAAUAAAAUAUAUAUAUAUACAUACGAGACAACAACAAGACUUGCACAUCGACAUCAUCAAUAAAGCUAACUAAUACUUGAACAACAAAGAAACAAACACAAAAGGCCAGAGCACAGCAAGUGGAGCAGCAAAAAAUAUUAUAAAAAUUCAUAAUCAAAGUUAUAAAAUACACAACGCCCACAGCAGCAGCAGCAACAAACGUCAACAACAACAAACAAUAGCAACAAACGCCAAUCACAACAACUCAUCCAUCAUCGGCCAGCGUGUGCGCGUACAUGUGUGUGUGUGAGUAAUAUGCUGUAACAAGUAAGCUCCUCCUCCCUCCACCCCGACAUCACAAGCAAACGUCGUCAACAUCCACAGCUUUAACUUUAUUAAUACAAGCAAUUGCCAUUUCAUUCCGUUAGAACGGCAAUAUCGGGCCCCUCGUUAUUGGUUAUAUUGGUAAAUAUAGCGUCGUAAUACUUCGAUUCGCAUCAAUAUGGCCUUUAGCAGCAGUAGUAGUAGUAGUCGGUACGGUAUCAGUAGUGGCGGCGCUUACGGCAGUGGCAGCAUAUCAACGUGGGAUAGAUGCACAACAGCGUUGCUAUUGCCGCGAGCACGUCUCAUCACCCUCUGGCUGGCAUUCAAUUUAGCGCUGAUCGUACAGGAGCCAAUGAAGAAAAUCGCCUCAGUCGAUGCAGCGACUGGUGGCGGCAGCAUGUUGGGUGAUGUUAAUAUAUCCGCUAUUCUCGAUUCAUUUAGUGUUAGCUACGACAAAAGAGUAAGACCUAACUAUGGAGGUCCCCCUGUGGAGGUUGGCGUCACAAUGUAUGUCCUCAGUAUCAGUUCGGUUUCGGAAGUUCUCAUGGACUUUACAUUGGAUUUUUACUUUCGUCAAUUUUGGACCGAUCCUCGUUUAGCGUAUAGAAAACGGCCUGGUGUAGAAACACUAUCGGUUGGAUCUGAGUUCAUAAAAAAUAUUUGGGUACCUGACACCUUUUUUGUAAAUGAAAAACAAUCAUAUUUUCAUAUUGCAACAACAAGUAAUGAAUUCAUACGUGUUCAUCAUUCUGGAUCAAUAACACGAAGUAUUAGAUUAACAAUUACCGCAUCGUGUCCAAUGAAUCUACAAUACUUUCCUAUGGAUCGACAGUUGUGUCACAUAGAAAUCGAAAGCUUCGGCUAUACAAUGCGUGACAUUCGUUAUAAAUGGAAUGAAGGUCCAAACUCGGUUGGUGUUUCGAGUGAGGUAUCUCUGCCCCAAUUUAAGGUCUUGGGUCAUCGUCAGAGGGCUAUGGAAAUCAGUCUUACAACAGGAAAUUACUCGCGACUCGCAUGUGAGAUACAAUUCGUGCGUUCGAUGGGUUACUAUCUCAUUCAAAUAUAUAUACCCUCUGGACUGAUCGUUAUUAUAUCAUGGGUAUCAUUUUGGCUAAAUCGUAAUGCCACCCCAGCUCGUGUGGCGCUCGGUGUUACCACCGUGUUGACAAUGACCACACUGAUGUCGUCAACAAAUGCAGCAUUGCCAAAGAUUUCUUAUGUCAAAUCGAUUGACGUAUAUCUAGGAACAUGCUUCGUUAUGGUCUUUGCCAGUCUUUUGGAAUACGCCACCGUCGGCUAUAUGGCAAAACGAAUUCAAAUGCGAAAACAAAGAUUUAUGGCGAUCCAAAAGAUAGCUGAACAAAAAAAGCAGCAACUGGAUGGGGUGCAACCACCGCCCAAUCCGAAUCCGAGUGCGGGCGAUCAUGGACAUGGGCAUGGUCAUGGCCAUAGCCAUGGUCAUCCUCAUGCGCCAAAACAAACAGUGAGUAACCGACCAAUUGGCUUUACAAAUAUACAACAAAACGUUGGCUCGCGCGGUUGCUCGAUAGUGGGACCCUUGUUCCAGGAGGUGAGAUUCAAGGUGCACGACCCCAAGGCACACUCCAAGGGCGGUACACUGGAGAAUACUGUGAAUGGCGGACGUGGCGGACCGCCGGUUGGACCACCCGGACCCGGACCUCAAGGCGGUGGCGGUGGAGGCGGCGGUGGCGGCGGCGGAGGUGGAGCGCCCGAAGGUGGGGACGCCGAAGCGGCAGUACCAUCCCAUUUAUUACACCCGGGCAAGGUAAAAAAAGAUAUCAACAAGUUGCUGGGCAUCACGCCAUCAGACAUUGACAAAUAUUCGCGUAUAGUGUUCCCCGUGUGCUUCGUUUGCUUCAAUCUGAUGUACUGGAUCAUCUAUUUGCAUGUGAGCGAUGUAGUCGCCGAUGAUCUCGUGUUGCUCGGCGAGGAGAAGUAAAACAACCAACAGUUAGCAUACAAGCUUACUAUUAAGCAUUGGCUGUAUGUAGCAGUGGCAGCUUGUAGACACGCUAGGCGUGUGGCAGCGUCGCAAAGAGACGGAAGCAAGCGCACCGUAAACAGGGAGUAUAGCAGAAGGCGAUUCGCAAUAGUUUAGUUAAGUUUAUAUUUUAAGUGAACACAGCAUAGCAAAACAGAAAAAAUUAGCAUAAUUAUUGAAAAAAUAAUACACGCACGUGAAGUUAGAUUAAUCAUGUAUUAGCAAAAGCAGUCAAGAGACGACGAAGGUAUUAGUUAAACAAUUAAUAAUAAUUUAUACUGUGCAAAAACAAAAAAUAUAUAUUGUUAUAAUUAAAAAUCAUGAAAAAAUAGGAAAAUAGUAAAGGGGAAACACGGAAAGAAAAUCAAAAUUAAAAUCAGUUAAAUUCUAAACGAAAGCAUGUCAACGUUCGAACACAGUAAAAUCAUACACAUACACUGGAAAAAAAUUAAAUACUUUAUAGACAUAUAACAGUUCACUAACGAGUAAAUAAACAGCGCAACGCUGAAGCUCAUUAAUAGCGAAGAAGUUGAAUGGAACAAUUUAAGCAUAAAAUACAUGACAUUGUAAGCGGUAAAAGCUCAAAUUACUUACAAUAAAUAUAAAAAUGAAACAGCGGUGCACAUAAUAAUGGAAGCAUUAUAAGUAGUUAACGAAAUGCCAGUGAAAUGCGUAAAAAAUUACAACUAAAUAGUUAAUAGUUAAAAAUGUGAGGAAAGAUAAAAAAAUCAAGCACACUUUCAUAUGUAUUACAACUAAAAUAAACACCCACACACUUACAUAAACUAUCAUACAUAAAUUAUUGUCGCAGGGAUACAUUAAAAUUUCCGUUGUAAUCAUUUUUUUGUUUCGAAUUUUUCAACUUACAAAUUUUAAUCCCGAAAAUAGUUUUCGACCUAAUCUCGAAUGAUAAUUCACGUAUUUUAAUAUUUUCUAAAAACAGUAAAGGAAAAAUAUAAACUUACUAGUGGAUCCGGCCACGCG